GGGAGGGCUGAUCCAUGAGCUUAUGGCACAGGGCUGGGCUGGUGUGUCAUCCCCAGGGGCGGGGAAGGGAAAGGUUUUAAGCGUGCUCCGGUCCCAGGCAGGAAGCAGCGGUGAAAGCAGCGGGACUGCGGGCACCUGCCGGGCGAACCCGUCCUGUGACCACCGUGGGCAGAAAGCUGUGGAAGGGGUGCACAGAGGAAGGAUGGCGAGCAAGGCAGCAGUGAAUGGCCAUGCUGCCCCCAUCUCUCACCAGGAAGAUGUGCCAGAAGCAAACCAUGUCUGCCAGGGCACACAGCCUUGCAAACAGAAGAAAGCAAUGGAUGCUAGGGAGCCUUCAGAGGUACCUGGCAGCAUUGCUGGAGUGUAUGUAGAGGCUUUGAAGAAGAUAAUGAGCUUUUAUGAUGCCACCAGAGAGCAUCUUCUGAGUUUGGAUCCGGCGCUCUUUCUUCUGGAGGCCCAGGCAGCCAUGGGCUUCAUUGCUGACCCGGUGAAGAACAGGCACGUCUCUGUAGCAGAAGCUGUACACCUGGGGUUGGUGGGGCUGGAGCUGAAGGAGAAGCUGCUCUCUGCGGAGAAAGCUGCCACUGGCUUUGUGGAUCCCUACACAGAAGAGAAAAUCUCCCUCUACCAGGCAAUCCAGAAGGACCUGAUUGGGAGAGAGCAAGGAGCCCGGCUGCUGGAGGCCCAGAUGGCAACUGGCGGCAUCAUAGACCCAGCCACAGGCUGCCGGCUCCCAGCAGAUGUUGCCUGUGAGAGGGGAUAUUUAGAUGAAGAGAUGACGCAGCUCUUCUCUGACCCCAGCAACGAGGACAGCAAAGGGUUCCUUGACCCCAGUACUAUGGAGAGGGUCACCUACAUGGAGCUUAUAAAGAGGUGUGUUGUUGAUCCAGCCUCAGGCUUCCUCCUCUUGCCCCUGCAAAUCACAUUCGCAGGGCUGGGAGGAAGGGUGAGCAGCAGGGAUCUGCUGGAGGCUGGCAUUAUCAGCCCUGAGACGUUCAGAGGUCUUGAGGAGGGAAGAGUUUCUGCCCAGGAGGUAGCAGAGAAUGACUCUGUCCAGCAGUUCCUACGUGGGACAAGGAGCAUAGCCGGGGUUGUCCUGCCUUCCAGUGAGCAGAAAAGCCUUUACCAGGCCAUGAGAGAGCAUCUCCUCCUGCCUGGCACUGCUCUGAUGCUCCUGCAAGUCCAGGCCUCCACUGGCAGCCUGACAGACCCCAUAAAGAACAAAACCUUCUCUGUUGAUGAGGCUGUCAGGACUGGUCUCAUCGGCCCAGAACUUCAUGAGAAACUGUCUUCAGCUGAGAGGACCAUCACUGGGUACAGGGACCCCUGCACUGGGGAAAUGCUCUCCCUGUUCCAAGCCAUCAGGAAGGCCUUCAUCCCCAAGGACCACGGCAUUUGCCUUCUGGAGGCUCAGAUGGCUACAGGAGGCAUCAUUGCUCCAGGACGGCACUUCCGUGUCCCCACAGAGACAGCUUGCAAGUGGGGAUACUUGGAUGAGACCACAAGACAGCUCCUCUCCAGUCCUGCUGCUGAAGUUAAAGGGUUCUUUGACCCCAGCUCCAAGGAGAAGCUGACCUAUGCAGACCUGCUAAAGCGAUGUGUCACUGAUCCCAACACAGGGCUCCUUCUGCUGCCACUUAGUGGAGACAGCGGAGAAGGACCCAAUGGAACCCCCGUCUUCUUUGACCACAAGACCCAAACGGCUCUGGAAAACACAAAGGUACCCAUUACUUUAGGUAAAUUCAAAGGAAAAUCAGUGUCUCUCUGGAAACUUCUCUUCUCAGACUACAUCCAGAGUGAGCAAAGAGCUGCUCUCACCCAGCAGUACCUUGCAGGAAUGCUCUCUACGCAACAAUUGGCCAAGGCAGUCAGUGUCACCAUUGAAGAAAUGGCUUCCACUGCUAAUGUCACCUUUGAAGGACUGAGGGGCCGUGUGACAGCUGACCAGCUCCUGAGCUCUGAAAUCAUCAACAAAGAUUUGUUUAAGAAACUGAAGGAGGGAGAAACAUCAGCCAAAGAAGUUGUCAGCAUGGACACCGUCAAGAAGUACCUGCAAGGGACAGGUAGCAUUGCUGGGUUGCUACUUCCUGACUCCCAGGAGAAGAUGAGCAUCUACCAGGCAAAGAGGAAAGGAUUUUUACGGCCAGGAACAUCACUGAUCCUCCUGGAGGCACAGGCUGCCACUGGAUUUAUCAUUGACCCAGCUGCCAACAAAAGGUAUUCUGUAGAUGAGGCUUUACAAGCGGAUGUCAUUGGCCCAGAUGUUUAUGACAAGCUACUGACUGCAGAGAAAUCAGUCACUGGCUACAGAGAUCCUUACUCAGGGACCAAGAUCUCCCUCUUCCAGGCCAUGAAGAAGGAGCUCAUCGUCAAGGAGCACGCUAUCCGCCUGCUCGAGGCCCAGAUUGCCACUGGCGGCAUCAUCGACCCUGUCAAUAGCCACCGCAUCCCUGUGGAGGUGGCCUACAAGCGUGGCUACUUUGACAAGAAGAUUAAUGUAAUCCUUUCUGACCCCAGCGAUGAUACCAAGGGCUUCUUCGACCCCAACACACACGAGAACCUCACCUACCUGCAGCUGAAAGAGAAGUGCAUCACAGAGCCGUCCACCGGGCUCUGCCUCCUUCCUCUGAACAGCAGGAAGCGCCAGUUCAUUGAUGACACCACCAGGCAGCUGUUCAGGACCUCCUGGCUACCUGUCAGGUUUGGGCGCUUACGCGGGGAGAGGGUCUCUGUGUGGGACCUGCUGAACUCCGAGUACUUCAGCGAGGGGAGGCGCCGAGAGAUUUUCAACCACUACCGGCUGAGGAAGCUCACCCUGGAGCAAAUCCGGAUCAUGCUAGAGGAGGAAAUCAAAAAAUGGGCCCCCAUCAAGUUCCCAGCCAUGAGAGGCAGCAUCAGCGCUUAUCACCUGAUGGAAACGGGCAUCAUUGACAGGGCCCUGUUUGAGAAGGUGUUGGAGGGAUCUGUCACACCAGAGGAAGUCCUGCGCAUGGACUCUGUCAGAAGAUACCUCUAUGGCUCUGGCAGCAUCGGGGGAAUUGUACUCCAGCCAUCAAACCAGAGGAUAAGCAUUUAUGAGGCCAUGAAACAGAACAUCAUGGUACCUGGAGUAGCCCUACCACUCCUAGAGGCCCAGGCUGCCACAGGCUUUAUCAUUGACCCAGUGAACAACCAGAAACUCUGUGUGGAUGACGCUGUCAAGGAAGGAGUCAUUGGGCCAGAAGUCCAUGAGAAGCUGCAGCAAGCAGAAGGGGCUGUGUCAGGCUACAAAGAUCCUUUCACAGGCAAGAAGAUACCCCUCUUCCAGGCUAUGAAGAAGGGCCUGAUCACUGACAAACAGGCCAUGCAGUUGAUGGAGGUGCAGAUGGCUACAGGAGGCAUCAUUGACCCAACAUGUGGCCACCAUAUCCCCAUAGAAGCUGCCCAAAAGCGAGGGUGCCUGGAUGAGGACACAAGCAAGGCCCUUUCUAAGCCCAAUGACAACAACAGAGCCUUCUGCAUCCCAGACAGCAAAGAGACCGUUACCUACGCUGAGCUCAUCGAGCGCUGCCAGAAGGACGAGAUCUCUGGCUUCCACUUGCUGCCUCUACCACAGACAGCCAUUCCUGUCUACACAGAUGAACAAAUCCAACAGCUUUUCAAGGAAACUGUGGUGAAGGAAAAAGGGGUCUCCCUCUGGGAGCUAAUCCACUCUGGGUAUUUCACUGAUGAGCAGAGGAGUGACUUUGUGGAGAGGUUCCGUGCUAAGGAAACGUCACUUGAGCAGCUGGUAGCUCUUGUGCUCAGACUGGUAAGGGAGAUGGAGAUGAAAGCCUGCACCCACAUCACCUUCCAGGGCUUGCAGGGAAGUGUCCCCGCAGUCUGGUUGCUGGAGGCUGGCAUCAUUACUGAGAAGAUGUUUGAAGAACUAGCUCAGGGCAUAAGAACUCCUGAGGAAGUGGCUGAAAUGGGGACUGUGAAGAGGUACUUGCAGGGCACAGGCAGCAUAGCUGGGGUAAUCAUACAGGCAUCCAAAAAGAAGAUGAGCUUUUACAAUGCCAUGAAAAACAAUCUCCUCCUCCCUGGGGCUGCUCUGAAGCUGCUAGAAGCUCAGGCAGCCACAGGGUACCUAACUGACCCAGCAACAAGCCAGAGACUCAGCGUGAGGGAUGCUGUGAGAGCAGCUGUUGUUGGUGAGGAGCUCACCGAGAAGCUUCUCCUAGCUGAGAGGGCAGUGACUGGCUACACAGACCCCUACACAGGGAGCUCCAUCUCCCUGUGCCAGGCGGUCAGGAAAGAGCUCAUUCCCUUGGGUGAAGCCAUUCCUUUGCUAGAGGCCCAGCUGGCCACAGGAGGUGUCAUUGAUCCUAUUCACCAUCAUCACCUUCCGCUCCAGGCUGCAUACAGGUACGGCUUCUACGAUGAGGACCUGAACCAGAACCUCACUCAGCUGAAUGACAGCACCAAAAUCUUUUUUGAUCCAAACACAAAGGAGAACGUGACCUACCAACAGCUGAAGGACAGGUGCAUUUAUGAGCCUGAGACAGGCCUCUGGUUCCUUCCUCUGUCAGAAAAUGCGAUGUUCUGUGUGGAUGAACAAACCAUGGAGAUGUUGAAAUCUGUGACUGUCUGCGUCAACAUAGGACGGUUCAAAGGACAGACAGUGUCAGUCUGGGACCUUCUCAACUCUGAAUACAUCUCAGACAGCAAAAGAAGAGAGCUGGUGCAAAAGUACAAAGAUGAGAAUACUGAAGUGCUACAUGAAAUCAUAAUGAUUGUCAUGAAAAUCAUCAAAGAGACUGAGGUGCAAGGAAAGAAGUUUGCAUUCAAAGGUCUGCGGAAAAAAGUGUCUGCCAGUGAUCUCUUCCAGUCUCAACUGAUAGACAAAAAAACCCUCGAUGAGCUCAACCAGGGGAAGAAAACGGUCAAAGAAGUCACUGAAAUGGACUCUGUCCGCAGAUACUUGGAGGGCAGCAAUUUCAUAGCGGGGGUCCUUAUACAGCCAAGCAAUGAGAAGAUGAGCAUCUACCAGGCCAUGAGGAAGGGCAUCCUGAGGCCAGGGACAGCACUGGUGCUGCUGGAGGCGCAGGCUGCCACCGGCUUCAUUGUUGAUCCACUGGAAAAUAAGAAGCUCUCUGUGGACGAGGCCAUCUUGGCCAAGUUGGUGGGCAGUGAGCUGCACGAGAAGCUCCUGUCAGCAGAAAAAGCCGUGACAGGAUAUGCAGAUCCCCAGACAGGCACUACAAUAUCCCUCUUCCAGGCCAUAAUGAAUAAGAUAAUAAUCAAGGAACAUGGCAUCCGCCUGCUUGAGGCCCAGAUUGCCACUGGUGGCAUCAUUGACCCUGUGCACAGCCAUCGCAUUCCUGUGGAGGUAGCCUACCGGAGGGGCUACUUGGAUGGCGAUAUGUUUCUCCUACUUUCUGAUCCAGAUCAUGGCAGCAAAGGUUUUAUAGAUCCAAAUACUCAUGAGAAAAUCAGUUACAGUCAGCUCCUGCAAAGAUGUUCCAAAGACAGAGAUACUGGACUGUACCUGCUGCAGGUCAUGGAGAAAGAAGAUGACUAUUUCUACAUUGAUGAGCAAACAAAAAAUGCCCUAAUAUCUACAAAAGUACAAGUGUCUGUUGGAAAAUACAAAGGGAAUGAAUUAUCACUCUGGGAACUUCUCUAUUCUGAGUACAUCACAGAAGAGAAAAGAAAAGAACUGGUGAAAAAAUAUAAAGAGGAAUCCCACCACAUUAUACAAAGAAUCAUUGAUACAAUACUAAAUAUAAUUAAAGAAAAAGAGGAGGACAGAAGUGAUGUUUGGUUCCAAGGAAUAAGACAACAAAUAACAGCAUCGGAACUUCUCAGUGCAGAGAUAAUCACAGAAGAAACUAUGCAGAAACUCCAGGAAGGAAAAGAAACAGCACAAAAAAUAGCUCAAAUGGAUGAUGUGAGAAGAUACCUUGAGGGAACUGGAAGCAUUGCUGGUGUGCUCGUGCCAUCCAAGGCUGACACCACAAAGAUGGAAAAGAUGAGCAUCUACCAGGCCAUGUGGAAGGGAAUUCUGAGGCAGGGUACGGCCCUGGUGCUGCUGGAGGCGCAGGCUGCCUCAGGGUUCCUCACUGACCCCGUGAGGAAUGCCAAGCUGUCGGUGAAAGAGGCACUGACUGCGGGACUUAUCGGCAGAGAUUUUUAUGAGAAGCUUCUGUCAGCAGAGGGAGCCGUGACAGGGUACACAGAGCCAUACACAGGACACAGGAUCUCCCUCUUCCAGGCCAUGAAGAAAGAGUUCAUAGUCAAGGAGCACGCCAUCCGCCUGCUCGAGGCCCAGAUCGCCACCGGCGGCAUCAUCGACCCCAUCAACAGCCACCGCCUCCCUGUGGAGGUGGCCUACCAGCGAGGCUACUUUGACCAGGAGAUGUGCCAGUUUCUUCUGAACCACAAGAAUCAAACAAGAAGUUGUUUUGACCCUAACACGCAUGAAAACCUCACUUAUACACAGCUCCUCCGCCGCUGCGUGCCCGACCCGGACACGGGGCUGCUCAUGCUCCAAGUGAUGGACAAGGGCUCGGUGCUCUACCAGCUGUCCGAGGACGCCCGCAAAGCCCUGCAGGCUGCCCGCACCACCGUCAGCGUGGGGCUCUUCCAGGGCCAGAGUGUCACUGUCUGGGAGCUCCUCUUCUCUCGCUACAUCUCUGAACGCCAGAGAGAGGAACUGCUGAGGAAAUACAAGGUGGGGACGGUGACCAUCCCAGAAAUGAUCACCACUCUCACUGCCAUCAUCACCAAGGCAGAAACAGGAAACCAGGAUCUGAGCUCAUCCACAGCAACACCCAGUUGUGAGGUAGGAUCACCACAACCAGUACAGGUUACACACUCCCAGGAGCAGCAGUUGAGAAAGUCAUUAAAGUCUGCGACCAUCUAUGUCACUGCUGGUGAGUUCCAGGGACAAAAUGUUUCCUUGCUGGACCUGCUCUUUUCCAAAUACAUCCCUCAGGGGAAGCGUCAGGAGCUGCUGGAGCUGUACAGAGCAGGCAUACUGACCACAGAACAGGUGGCUACUGUCGUCACCACCACGAUCAACAAAACAGAAGCUGCCAAUACCACACUCGCAGCAAAUACCAGAAGUCCACAGAAGGUGGUGACAAGGGCAGAGGAAAAUGGAGAUGAUGUUUCAGCACAAGAUGCACAUCUAGAUAACGUCUUGAAGUCUACCACCAUUGACAUGCCAGCUGGUGAGUUCUCUGUGUGGGACCUGCUCUUCUCUGACUACAUCUCUGAGGACAAAAGGCAGGAGCUUCUGGAGCUCUAUCGUGGAAGGGUAUUAACCCUGGAGAAGAUGAUAACUGUUGUCACCACCCUCAUUAAGAAAAAAGAAUCUACAGGCAGGAAAUUCCUAAUUGCAGUAAAACCUUCCAACAAGGACACUGUGCCAGUGGCAGGAGAGAAGGAUGCUGACUCCUCCAAAGAAGAAUCAUGGGAAACAGCCUUGAAAACCACAGUUGUCGACAUGGAGGCUGGAGAGUUUCAGGGCCACAAGGUCUCUGUAUGGGACUUGCUCCACUCAAAGUACAUCCCUGAGGAGAACAGAAAGGAGCUGCUAGAGCUGUACCAGGCAGGAGAGUUAACCCUUGAGCAGGUGAAAACUGUUGUCAGCACUAUUGUAACCAAGGCAGAGGAAGCAAGAGCAGCGCAAUCAGCACAUGAGAGUAGUCGAAGGGCAGAGACAACAGUCGCUGAAGCUGAGCACACACACCACCUGCAAGAGGACAGGACCUGGGAAGAAUCCCUGAAGUCCACCACAGUUGAGAUGGCAGUGGAUGAGUUCCAGGGGAGGCAAGUCUCCGUGUGGGACCUGCUCUUCUCUGACUACAUCUCUGAGGACAAAAGGCAGGAGCUUCUGGAGCUCUACUGUACUGGGACACUGGCCUUGGAGCAGAUGAUAACUGUUGUCACCACCCUCAUUAAGAAAAAAAAAUCUACAGGCAGGAAAUUCCUAAUUGCAGUAAAACCUUCCAACAAGGACACUGUGCCAGUGGCAGGAGAGAAGGAUGCUGACUCCUCCAAAGAAGAAUCAUGGGAAACAGCCUUGAAAACCACAGUUGUCGACAUGGAGGCUGGAGAGUUUCAGGGCCACAAGGUCUCUGUGUGGGACUUGCUCCACUCAAAGUACAUCCCUGAGGAGAACAGAAAGGAGCUGCUAGAGCUGUACCAGGCAGGAGAGUUAACCCUUGAGCAGGUGAAAACUGUUGUCAGCACUAUUGUAACCAAGGCAGAGGAAGCAAGAGCAGCGCAAUCAGCACAUGAGAGUAGUCGAAGGGCAGAGACAACAGUCGCUGAAGCUGAGCACACACACCACCUGCAAGAGGACAGGACCUGGGAAGAAUCCCUGAAGUCCACCACAGUUGAGAUGGCAGUGGAUGAGUUCCAGGGGAGGCAAGUCUCCGUGUGGGACCUGCUCUUCUCUGACUACAUCUCUGAGGACAAAAGGCAGGAGCUUCUGGAGCUCUACUGUGCCGGAACACUCCCCAUUCAGGAACUCAUCAACACCAUCAGCAGCAUUGCAAUUGACAGCAAAGAAAGGAAACUUGCAACCCUUCCCCAGCAGACAGUGGAUCUCCUCCAGUCUGAGGGCUCCUACAUUACCUUUGGCCAAUUCCAGGAGCAGAGGGUGUCAGUAUGGGAGCUCCUCUCCACCAAGCAAGUCUCUGAGUACAAACGAGAGGCGCAUCUUGACACUUACGGCACAGGGGGGCUGACUGUGAACAAGAUCACCAUCACCACCACUGUUGUCACAGGCCCACAGGGAAAGAAGAGACACCACCAGGACCACUAG